AAACUUGAGAGAGAGCACAAAACUAACGAAUUGCUUCUGGUAGUUGUAGCCAAAAGGUCAAGCAGGAAGGAGAAGACAAAGCUAUUUAAAAGUGGUACCAAUCUUUUGCUAUGAUACUAGAUGAUUAUUGGUAGUGCAAGCAAAGACAUACCAAAAUAUGGUUCAAUUUCUGAAAACCAUUCUGCCAAUUUUGCUUUGUUUUCUCAUCUCCCUCCUUUAUGAUCUAGCUUUUGCUGACCCUCCUUAUUGGAAAUGCUCAGGUAACGUUAGCAACUAUGCAGAUAACAGUACUUUUCAGAAAAACCUCCACAGCCUACUCAUUUCAUUACCUUCAAAUGCUUCUGUUUCCAAGAUGUACAAUACAUCCACUGGAAAUGACACUGCAGACACAGUUUAUGGUCUCUACAUGUGCCUCAACUAUGUUACAAAUGAGACAUGUCACGAUUGCAUCAACACCGCACAGUCAGCCAUCGUGACGCUUUGUCCCAGCUCGAAAGAAGCCGUUGUGUGGGAGGAAAUGUGUCAGUUGCGUUACUCUGAUGCGAAUUUCUUUGGCAAGUUGAAUGUAGCAGACAACAUUCCCUUAGCCAACAAGAAAAAUAUUUCAGAUCCUGAAAAGUUUGAGUCUCUUGUGAAUGAGACACUGAGAGGCCUGGCCAAGCAAGCGGCUUAUAAUCUUUCAGCUAAGAUGUAUGCUACUCGAGAUGUGCCCUUUGAAGAUAAAGUGGUGUAUGCUCUUGUGCAGUGCACUACAGACUUAUCUGGAGAUGACUGUGGUCAGUGCCUUCAGAAAGCCAUAGUAGACGUUUUAAGGGAGUUUUAUUUCUCCAUUGGUGCAAGACUAUUGAGUCGUAGUUGCUACGUGAGGUAUGAGUUAUAUGCCUUCUAUGAUGGUGCAACUGAAGCUUCUAUUUCGAUCGAUCCGAAUAAUAACAAAGGGGACGGCAGAGGAAGGAAAAUAUGGGUGAUCACAAUUGUGUCAGCAUGUCUAGCCAUACUACUUUUGGGUUCUUGUGUCUGUCUUACAAAGAGAAGGAACCAAAAGAGGAAUAGUGAUAAUUUAGGACCAAAUGCAUUGUUACCUGAUCAAAGUUUUAAAGGAAGAAACUCGAAAGCUCAGGAGUACCCCUAUAUCAGUUUGGCAUCUAUACAUGUAGCAACCGACAAAUUCUCUGAUUCAAAUAAGCUUGGAGAAGGUGGUUUUGGCCCUGUUUACAAGGGUAUACUGAGUGAUGGAAAGGAAGUGGCGAUCAAGAGGCUUUCAAGCUGUUCUGAGCAAGGUGCAGAGGAGUUCACAAAUGAAGUUCUGCUGAUCUUGAAACUUCAACACAAAAAUCUUGUCCGGCUAUUGGGUUUUUGUGUUGAUGGAGAGGAGAAACUGCUUGUUUAUGAAUACAUGCCAAACAGCAGCCUAGAUGUCUUUCUCUUUGAUUCAAAGAAACGUGCGCAACUUGAUUGGAGCAGACGUAUAAACAUCAUUAGUGGAAUUGCAAGGGGAAUUCUUUAUUUGCACGAGGACUCUCGACUUAGAAUCAUCCACAGAGACCUCAAAGCUAGCAAUGUAUUGUUGGACAAUGACAUGAACCCAAAGAUUUCAGACUUUGGCAUGGCAAGGAUCUUUUCAGGAAGUGAAGGACAGGCCAAUACUGCUAUAAUAGUUGGGACUUACGGAUACAUGGCUCCAGAAUAUGCAAUGGAGGGAAUAUAUUCUGUCAAGUCUGACGUUUAUGGAUUUGGAGUACUCCUGCUUGAGAUCAUAACUGGGAGAAGGAACGCCGGCUUUCAUCGAAUAAAACGCGUUCCUAGCCUUGUGGCAUAUGCAUGGCAAGUAUGGAAUGAAGGAAAAGGGUUGGAGCUACUUGAUCCCUUACUGCUUGAUUCAUGUGAUCCAGAUGAGUUUCUAAGGUAUCUCCACAUUGGAUUGUUGUGUAUUCAAGAAGACGCGCAAGACAGGCCAACCAUGUCUUCUGUUGUUGUAAUGUUGAAAAGUGAAACUGUAACUCUUAACCAGCCUGAAAAACCUGCCUUAUCCCUGGGAAGAUUUACUGAUCAUAAUGUGGCAGCUACUGAUAAUAACUCCAUUAAUGGACUAACAGUUUCUGAUGUCAAGCCACGAUAACAGAGCCGAUUCAGGGUCCAUGGAAUUUGUGAUGCCUUAAUGCCAAUGAGGAUUUGUAUAUCUGCUUGUUAUUGACUUGGCAUGAUAUGUAAGCAAGCACAAUUGUUUAAUGCA